AUGCGUCUUAUUAUCUUGGACGACACCGCGGCCGUGGCGGACUGGGCGGCCAGGUUCGUGCUACAGCGAGUGACCGAGUUCGCGCCGACAGCGGAGCGCCGGUUCGUGUUAGGGCUCCCCACAGGCGGGACCCCGCUAGGGAUGUACAAACGACUUAUACAGUUUUACAAGGAGGGACGCAUCUCGUUCAAGUACGUCACUACCUUCAACAUGGACGAAUACGUCGGUUUGCCACGCGACCACCCGGAGUCCUAUCACUACUACAUGUGGAACGAGUUCUUUAAGCACAUAGACAUAGAGCCGAGCCAGGCUCACGUGUUGGACGGGAACGCUCCCAACCUAGUGGACGAGUGUACAAGGUUCGAGAAACUCAUUAAGGAGGCUGGAGGAGUGAAUCUAUUUAUUGGAGGUAUCGGUCCGGACGGUCACAUAGCGUUCAACGAGCCGGGUUCUUCACUUGUGUCUCGUACUCGCGCCAAGACCCUCGCCUACGACACGUUGGAGGCUAACAAACGAUUCUUCGGUAACGACAUCUCGAAGGUUCCACGGCAGGCGCUCACUGUUGGCGUCGGAACUGUCAUGGACGCCAAGGAGGUGAUGAUAUUAAUAACGGGUUCACACAAAGCGUUGGCGUUGGCCAAAGCGGUUGAGGAGGGCGUGAACCACAUGUGGACCGUCUCCGCCUUCCAACAACACCCGCAGGCGCUGUUCGUGUGUGAUGAAGACGCCACGCUCGAGUUGAGAGUCAAAACUGUCAAAUAUUUCAAGGCGCUGAGCGACGAGCACCAGAAGAUGAUAGCCUCCGCCUCUGUGACGCAGCAGCACGUGCUACACUGA